AUGUCGCGCGACACUAUGGCUACAUCUGGUGGCGAUAUCAUCGGUAAUACGCCACUACUUAAGUUGAAGAAUAUCACUAAAGGUUUAGAUGCCACUAUAGCAGUCAAGUUAGAAUACAUGAACCCAGCCGGCUCGGUUAAGGACCGCAUAGCGUUCAGUAUGAUUGAAGCAGCGGAGAGGGAAGGAAAAAUAACACCUGGGAAGACUAUACUCAUAGAACCAACCAGCGGAAAUAUGGGUAUUGCAUUGGCUUACUGUGCUAAUUGGAAAGGCUACAAGGUAAUUCUAACGAUGCCAUCUUCGAUGAGCGUUGAGCGGAGAGCACUUCUCAAAGCCUAUGGGGCCGAG